AUGGCUCAGGCAAGCGGCCUCUUGUGCCAGCCCCUGAUUGAUCAGACCCGCCGUGCUAUCCAGGAGAAGGGUGCAUCCCUUGUUCGUCAGGCCGGGUUCGUCUACCAACUCAACCUGCGCGAUGGUGGGCCGCAGGGAAACUUCACCUUGGACCUGAGGCAUGGCUCAGGUUCCUUCCAGCAAGGCGUGGACCCUCGAGCUGAUGCUACCUUCAACAUCCUGGAUGCUGACUUGGCGGCGCUGGGGAAGGGCACGCUCUCAGUGAGCAAUGCGCUGCGUCAUGGGAGGCUCGAUAUCAAAGGGGACCAGCUCGCAACACAGGUGCUCAGCGAAGUCCUGGAGAGGAUACAGCGGGAGUAUUCGCCGGACUACGAGCCCCCUAAGAUCAUCUCGGACGACUCCGCUCGCCGCUGGCGAAUCGGUGCGGUAAGUUGCUUUUUGCUGGUGGUGGUGCUGUGCAUCAUCAUCGUCAACCCCUUUGAGGUGUCACGAGGCUCCGGAGGCCCUCGGGAGAUGGAGAUCGUGGCGCACAUGUCCGAAAGCAACCUUCAGAAGUUGGGAAACGGCGUGGUCAAGAAGCUGCAGAAGUUUACCGCGACGGCUUUCAGACAGCUUUUCCCCUGGAAGGAAUCUAUGGGCUUCGUGUCCAAGCCAUCGGACGUUCUGAUCGCAGGGAGCAUGGGCAGCGGCACCACGUGGCUAAGUCACAUCCUGCACGGCCUCCGCGCGGAUGGCUCAUUGGACUUUGAGGACCUGAAUCAGGUGGUCACCUGGUACGAUGCCCUCGGGUCCAAGAAAGGCCCAGACAUGCUUGCUGCGCAAGAGGGGCUGGAGCUCGAACCCCGGAUUCUCAAGUCCCACCACGUGCACGCCGCUGCCGUGGCCAACGUCAGAUAUGUCGUGCUGAUGAGAGACCCACAACAAGUGCUCUUUGCACAGCACCGCCUGUUCUGCAAUGGGACAUGGGCACGGCUGGCAGGCCUGAAGCCCGGUGAAAUUGCAGUGGGCCUUUAUGCCUCGGCCUUCUAUGCGCGAGUAAACGCGAACGACGUGUGGUACCACAUCCUUUCCUGGUACAAGUGCUGCUGGUCGGAUCCGCAGGUUGCUUGGGUCACCUACGAGGAUCUUCUCGAUGACUUGUCGGGACAGAUUCGGCGGCUGGCCCGGUUUCUUCUUCCAAGCCUGCCAGGGUCCGAGAUUCUGAAGAAGGUCGCGGCUCAGAGCUCCCGAGACUUCAUGCUGCAGCAUCAGUCGAAAUUUGAUAAUCACCUGCUGCUGGAGCCGUUGCAAGCCUUCAAGGAGAAGGAUGGCUCCACUCCACGGCUGCCACGAGUACUGCCCAGAGAGGAGGUGGAGGUGGACAAACGGAUAGUCGAACUCUGUGAUGUUCGCUGGUCCAGGAUCGUCACGCCCAAAACCGGCUUCGACUCCUAUUCAGAGAUGCGUGCAGCAAUCCGGGCACGAGCCGCGCCUGGCCAUGGUGCAGGACCGCUGGAUCUGUCGAGCACCGUCUCCGGAAUGCCGCUGUCGGUCAUCAUAUUUGUGCUCUCUGUGGGCCUGUUUGCUGCUGCCAUCAGUUUUCAGCCUCAACUUUGCCGCUCUGUGGCCAUCAGGCUCCGCAUUCUUACCAGCGCGUACUACCGCUGGGCUAUGAGCCAGUUUUCCAACUCGAAGAAGAUGGAUCCAGACACGGUGCAGACCACUCGAUCUGGUUUCGUAGUCUGA